ACUGUUGUAGAUCCAGACUUUCCUAAUAAUUUUUUGGUUUCAGAGAAAGCAGACAAACAUUGUCAUACCGAUGGAGAAAAUGCAACUCAUUACGGAUGCAUUCCACCUGUAAACGUCCUUGUUCGUUAAAGAGAUCCACCUCAACCUCCGACGAGAUUGUCGAAACCAACUCAGGAAGCCUUGGUCUUCAAAACUCCAUGUUGAACAGUCCUAUUCUCCUCAGGAGCCGACAUGUUUGCACCUUUUACAACAGUACAUUCAAUGGAACAUCAUGUAUGAUUGGCUUUCCGUUGUUAGCAGCUGGCCAUGGUCAUUAUCGUGAUUUCAUCGCACGAUACAUAAGUCAUGUGUGAAACAAUCAAAAGGGAGGUCGGGCUGAGAUGAAGAAAAAAUAAUCAUAGUAUAUCGGACAUGGUAGGAGAUUUGCUCUUGCGUUUCAUGCAGAUAUUUAACUACUAAUAGAUUAUAAUGUAGAUAACCAACGUCAUGGUUCUUCAUGGUACUUUAAGUUUCGUGACGUCAUGAGCAGCUAGGGGCGAAGAAGCUUACUCUAGAAACAAUCCUAUCACGUACUCUUUCCAGAGUCGGAAUAGGUAAUCUGGUACGGCCAUCGAUGAAUCUAUUCUUUGACAAGCUCAAGCAAACUAGAUCAUUCUUCUGGUACACUGAAUGUACGACCUGGAGCAUCGGAGUUCUCAAUGCUUCUGAGCUAACAAGUUACUCCUUAUGAUGAAAUUGAAAUGAAUAAUAUUUGGAGUGAUUUUUUCAUGACGUGUUUGGGAAUUCUGCCCCGCCG